AAAAGUAAGAGUAGAGGAAGAAGAAGAAGGAAGAAUAAUGGGAGAUGAAUACCAACCUCAACGAAGAAUGCUAUGGAGCAACGCAGAGAGAAGAUGCUUAAACCUUCUCCAAUGCAAGACAAAGAGCGUUACCACCCUUCUUCAAAUUCACGCCUUCAUGCUGCGACACUCUUUCCACAACAACCUCAAACUCCUCACAGCUUUCAUAACCACCUGCGCCUCCCUCGCCGCCAUAUCCGCUACGCCUCAUCACGCGCUCGUACAACACGCGCGCAACUUCUUCGACCUCGUUCGCACCCGCGACACCUUCCUCUGCAACUCCAUGAUCGCUACUCACUUCGCGGCUCGCCAGUUCUCCGAGCCUUUCACCCUCUUCCGAGACCUUUGCCGCAAAACACCGCCUUUUACGCCUGAUGGGUACACCUUCACUGCGCUCGUGAAGGGUUGCUCGGCUCGUGUGGCCAGGUGGGAGGGUUCGCAGCUUCACGGGGUGAUUUUAAGAAACGGGCUUUGCUUUGAUUUGUACGUGUCAACUGCUUUGGUGGAUAUGUAUGUGAAGUUUGGGAUUUUGGAUAAUGCGAAGAAGGUGUUUGAUGAAAUGUCUGUAAAGAGCAGGGUUUCGUGGACCGCGGUUAUUGUGGGGUAUGCGAGGUGUGGGGAUAUGGAUGAGGCUAGGAGGCUUUUCGAUGAGAUGGAGGAUCGGGACGUUGUUGCUUUCAAUGCAAUGAUUGAUGGGUAUGUAAAGACGGGAUGUGUGGGUUUGGCGAGGGAGUUGUUUGAUGAGAUGGAGGAGAGGAACGUGGUUUCUUGGACUAGUAUGAUUUCUGGGUAUUGUGGUAAUGGUGACGUCGAAAAUGCUAGGUUGAUGUUUGACGUUAUGCCGGAUAAAAAUUUGUUUACUUGGAAUGCCAUGAUUGGAGGCUAUUGCCAGAAUAGAAGGUCUCAUGAAGCGUUGGAGUUGUUUCGUGAGAUGCAGACGGUGUUGGUGGAGCCAAAUGAGGUAACUGUUCUGUGUGUUCUUCCCGCUGUGGCUGAUUUGGGUGCUUUGGAUUUUGGUGGUUGGAUUCACAGGUUUGCCCAAAGGAAGAAGUUUGAUAGGUCUGCUCGUGUUGGCACUGCUUUGAUUGAUAUGUAUGCAAAAUGUGGUGAAAUUAUGAAAGCGAAAUUGGUUUUUGAGGAGAUGACUGAGAGGGAAACGACUUCGUGGAAUGCUUUGAUAAAUGGUUUUGCUAUCAAUGGCUGUGCCAAGGAAGCAUUGGAGGUGUUUGCAAGGAUGAUGGAAGAAGGGUUUAGACCAAAUGAGGUAACUAUGAUUAGUGUACUAUCUGCUUGCAACCAUUGUGGUUUGGUGGAGGAAGGAAGAAGAUGGUUCAAAGAAAUGGAGAGAUUUGGAGUCGUGCCUGAGAUUGAGCAUUAUGGUUGUGUAGUUGACCUUCUAGGAAGAGCUGGAUGCUUGGAUGAGGCUGAAGAAUUAAUUCAAGCCAUGCCUUACGAUGCUAACGGGAUAAUACUGAGUUCUUUUCUCUUUGCUUGUGUUUACUUCAAUGAUGUAUCAAGGGCAGAGAAAGUGCUUAAAAAGGUGGUGAAAAUUGAUGAGGAUGUUGCGGGAAACUAUGUGAUGUUGAGAAACAUGUAUGCUACGGAGCAAAGGUGGAGAGAUGUGGAGGGUGUUAAACAAAUGAUGAAGAAAAGAGGAACAAGUAAAGAGGUUGCUUGCAGUGUCAUUGAGGUGGAUGGAAGCUUUAGAGAGUUUGUGGCUGGUGAUUACUUGCAUUCACAUCUGGAGGCUAUUCAGUUAACCUUGGGGCAGUUAAGCAAGCACAUGAAAGUUGAAAUAGUCAAUUAACAAUGGAAACACAAAAAGCUGAUUAAGGUUUUAAUAGCGUCUGGUCGCGCUUACAAGGAGAAUACACAGAGAUUCAUGGGAACUGCCACAGAGGAGAACUCCUUAAAUAUUCUACUGGAGUUUGUACCGGGUGGUUCUAUAUCUCAUCCCUUUUAGAGAAGUUUGGAUCCUUCCCCCAAUCCGUUAUAAGAAUGUAUACGAAACAGCUUUUACUGGGCCUUGAAUACCUCCACAAUAAUGGGAUUAUUCAGAGAUAUUGUGCCGUGCUUUUGCUUUUACUCUUAAUUCUAAAAGAUUAUCUUCCUUGGUGCCUCUCUUUAUCAUUUUGGUCAAUGUGCAUAGGGAGGCAACAUUCGGGUGCAUUAAACUUGCAGACUUUGGUGUAUCCAAGAAAGUUGUUGAACUGGCUAUACUACCAAUGGUGCAAAAUCAAUGAAGGGCACACCACAUUGGAUGUAUCCUGAAGUUAUUCUACAAACAGGACAUACAAUGUAAGUGUAUAAUACUAAAAAGAUUAGCAUCAUAGCACGGUCUAGUGUUUUCUAAAAUUCAUUUGUUUCAAUGAAUGUUUCUAAAAGGAUGGACAGGAAGGAAAGAUUUAUCUGUUUUGAAAGGUGGUUAUAGAGAAUUUCUCAGAUUGUAUUCAUAUUGAUAGUGAGGCUGCACUGUUAUUAUGCCAUUGUUUUGGAAUCGUCAAUUGAUGAACUAAUUUUUGAAUUGUGAAUCAUAGUUUGUAUCCAAUUGUAAGAUUUAGAGACAAAAUAUUAUAUAGAUUGAAUAUGGUGUUC